AUUUAUUCAAUUAUAUCGGACUGAGCUUGGCAGAUAAGGGCGAAUUUUUCCAAACUCCUCAUUUCGUACUCGCACCAGUGCAAACCCAGUAGAGGAUGGUGUAGAUUAGUGAAACUGUUCAAAACGGUCUUGCAAAGAGGCAUGAAUCAAUAAGGACCGCACCAACAAGACUGAUUUUAUUUGGGAGCAACUCGACAAGAUGAGCUACAGGGAACGGGACUAUUUAUGCAACGAGAAAAAUGGGGCGACCAUUCAAUCGAGAACAGUUGUUGGCGGAGAGGAGAGCCAUGAAAGGACGCAUCUUCAGAAGCCAGUUAAACUGCAGCCGUCUUGGGAAGGGAACGAUUUAUCGGAGGCCGAGCUCAAUUUCAACAAUCUCACAAUGGAUAACGCCAGCCUACAGAUCCACACCCCACGAGACAAAUACUCCUUCGUCUAUAUCAUAUUUUUGAUACAUGGUAUCGCCACUUUGUUGCCUUGGAAUAUGUUCAUCAAUGCCAUUUCGUAUUUUAUUGUGUACAAACUGGGCAAGGACUCUAUUGGCUUCAACUUCCCCUAUGUAGCGAAUUUUAUGCAAAUUUUGACGUUUUGUUCACAAGUUCCUAAUGUUAUUUUUAACUGGUUCAACAUUUUCGUGCCUAUCAAAGGUGAUUUGACUCUCAGAAUCAUGUGGAGCAUAGUAAUAAACAUCAUGAUCUUUAUAAUAACCAUAGCCUUGGCUAUGGUCGAUACCAGCAUGUGGCCUUAUUCGUUCUUCUUUAUCACUAUGAUUACUGUGGUUUUUUUAAACAUGGCGAAUGGAGUGUACCAAAACACCGUAUAUGGAAUGGCAGCUAAACUGCCCCCAAAGUACACUGGGGCUGUGAUAUUGGGAAACAACAUUUGCGGCACAUUUACCACUGCGGUCUGCAUAGUCUCAGAAUAUGUGUCGACCAGUAAGCGAAUGGCUGCAAUUUGGUACUUUAUCACUGCGCUUUUCGUGCUGUUGAUCGGCUUCGAUACCUACUUUGCGCUUCCGCUUAAUAGAUUCUAUCGGCAUUACGAUAUCAAAGAUAAGAAGCAGCAGGGACUGCGGAAAACUGACGCCGACGCUCCUGAAAAAGUGCCCUACUUGAAGAUCAUCAAGAAGGCUUGGCCGCAACUGUACAACGUUUUUAUAAUAUUCUUUGUAACUCUUGCAGUCUACCCGUCUAUUCAUUCAGAUAUCAAAGUGAGCAGCAGCCAGUUCUUCAUCCAGGACAAGUUUUUGUACACACAAAUCCUGUGUUUCCUCACGUUCAACGUGUUUGCGAUGAUCGGCAGUAUUCUUCCGAAUUUAUUCGUUUGGCCCUCAAAAAAAUACCUAUGGAUCAUUUCAACGCUCCGGCUGCUGUACAUACCGUUCUACUUGUUUUGCAAUUAUCAGCCGCAGAUGCAGACCAGGAUUUUGCCGGUUUUAAUCACAAACGACUAUGUUUACUGGGUGGUUGCAGCCACGAUGGCAAUCACUAGUGGCUAUUUCAGCUCCAUUGCCAUGAUGUAUACUCCUAGUACUGUGGAGCCCCAAUACGCUUCAGUGGCAGGAAUGUUCGCAGGAGCAGCGCUGAUUUCAGGAAUUUUCUCCGGAAUUCUAAUCUCGUUCUUGUGGCCGUGGUUUGUUAGCCAUGUGGGUUGGUAACAAAAGUGCGAGGUAUACGGCACAGAAUGGGAGUUUUCCAUCAAAUUCCGAUAACGCAUAGGGAUUCUGGCUGUAUACCCAUAAAUAAAUUGUUACUGUUUGCCGUCAUUGUUGAGUGAAAGGUACUUUUUACUUACGGAAGCUGCGGCUGGUCUGCCACCAUAGUUUAUCGAGAAAAAAUGUGCUCGAGAAUAGUACCCUCACAUAUCAUAGUUCAAAGAGAUUAACAUUUAUUCAUGGUUCCGUAGGUAGAGAGGUUCCACGAAUUUUUUGCGCCCCGAUAAAACAAUCAUAGAUCUUCCAGAGGUUCCAGAAAAAUUACCGUUUUUUUACUUUUAUAAAUAACGCUUUAGUUAUACGAGUUUUGUACCUUGGUUGUAAAUAUCACCUAGACUUUGUAAGAAACUGUUUACUAGAGUUAACCAUUUAAGAGGUUUGGUCGCUGCUGAUAUUUAAAGGCUUGAUAACUUUGUUGGGCGCCGUAUAUUGUGCUUUUUUGUUGUAUUUUCAGAAUUUUCCGUUUCAGUUGUUCCGGUGCGAUCAUGAUUUGUUACCCUUAGACUACAGUAUCUGCAUAUUAGGUAUUGAAUGGGGAGGAUAUAAUGAUUAUAAUUUACAUCUAAGCAAAGUGAACUUUACACCAGUAUAUAAUAUUAAAAUAAAUACCUAUUUACAGUGUAUGAUAUUUUUAAGAAAUAUUUUGUGUUGUUUUAUUGCGGAUAAAACCAUAUUACUGAAGA